AGACAGGAGACGGAUGCAAGCUCUCCUCCAUCCCGCUCUGUUGCAUCCAUCCAUUCUCUUAUCCAUCCAUCCACCUCUCCAUCCACCCAUUCAUUCCCAAGGGCGUCACAAGGGGUGACAAGACCCGAUUGAGAGGCGCAUACAUGCACGCCUGUGUGUGCGCACGUCCUCCGUGUAUGUGCGUAUCUGGUCUGCCUGUGGAUCCGCUGACAUGAGGAGCUGAAACAGAACCGACACAAGGAUGAAAAUGCUCCGGUUUCGCAGCCCCAGCAUCCGCUCCUUGGACCAGGAGGUCCUCUGCACGAUCCGGUUACUGGACGACUCCGAGAUCUCCUGCAGCAUCCAGAGAGACACCAAAGGCCAGUUCCUGUUGGACCAUGUGUGUAACCACUACAACCUGCUUGAGAAAGACUACUUUGGUAUUCGAUAUGUGGACCCAGAGAAACAGAGGCACUGGCUGGAGCCCAAUAAGCCCGUGGUGAGGCAGAUGAAGUCCUCCUACCCCAAAAUUACAUUGCUGUACCCCAGCAUUGCUCAGCAGCCGUACACCAUGUGUUUCCGGGUCAAGUUUUAUCCUCACGAGCCAAUGAAAAUCAAGGAGGAGCUCACCAGGUAUCUCCUUUACCUGCAGUUGAAGAGAGAUAUCUACCAUGGCCGUCUCCUCUGUCCUUUCGCUGAAGCUGCAUAUCUGGGAGCCUGCAUCAUACAGGCUGAGCUCGGGGACUACGACCCAGAGGAGCAUCCGUCCGACUACAUCAGAGACUUCAAACUGUUCCCUAAACAAUCCCUCAAACUGGAGAGGAAGAUUAUGGAAAUACACAAGAACGAGCUCAGGGGCCAGUGUGCUGCAUUUGCAGAGUUGAACAUGCUCCAAAGGGCGCACAGCCUCGAGACAUAUGGAGUUGACCCUCACCCAUGCAAGGAUUUCACGGGCUCCACAGCCUUUCUUGGAUUCACAGCCACAGGUUUUGUGGUCUUCCAGGGAAACAAGAGGAUCCACCUUCUCAAAUGGGCUGACGUCAGCAAGCUGAAGUUCGAAGGGAAAACCUUUUACGUCAUCGGGAUUCAGAAAGAGUCAUCACUGAAGAAACUGGUGUUGACAUUUCACACCUCGACCCCUGCUGCGUGUAAACACUUAUGGAAGUGUGGAGUGGAGAACCAGGCCUUUUACAAGUGUGCAAAGUCAAGUCAGAUAAAGACAGUUUCCAGCAGUAACAUCUUCUUCAAAGGCAGCAGGUUCAAAUACAGUGGAAGAGUAGCCAAGGAGGUGAUAGAGGCCAGCUCUAAGAUUCAGAGAGAGCCACCAGAAGUGCGCAGAGCCCAGUUUGGUCAGAGUCGAAGUUUUAACUCUCUGAGCCACAAAAACCUCAUCAUGAACAUGGAACCACUGGUACCUGCACUGCCCUCCACCAACGAAUACGAAGAGACGGCCACAGACAAUGGUGUUGUUGCUGUGAAGGACUCCGUCCCCCUGUCUCCUCUCAAACCUUCAGCUGCACCCGCAGACACAGAGCAACAAAGUAAUGAAGGAGGGAACUCUGCUCUAGGCACCGACCUGCAGGCUCCCCGUGUUUCCAUGGAAACCUCAAAUCUCCGACCUCAGACACCCAAAGCUGAAGAUGAAGUGGAGGAAGACGACGAGGCCAGCGGCCCACUCACCAUUUCUGAGCUUGUCUACAGCCCUUGUGCCAGCAUGCUACCCACCCCAGUGGACGACAGCCAGGGAGGAGUCGACUUGCUCUUCUCGUCUCCGGUCCAGAGUCCUGCCAGGCUGCUUAGGGAGCUCCAUGCUGACCCCGACAUCCAGGCUCAGCUGGAGGCCGAGAGGGAGCGAGACCGGGCCUACGAACGCACCCGACUGGCUGCGAGAAGUCAAAUGGGUGGAGUCCUGACCAGCAGCCUGCGCUUGUUGUCGUCCAAUGAGAGAGUCAACGCAUGUGUGCUGAGCGUGGCCCGCUUUGUCGCCGUGGUAAUGGGCGUCUUGCUUGUCACUGUGCCCACACUGCUGCUACUGCUGGAGUCAGACAUCGAUGUGUCGUUCCUCCAUGAGAUCCGCCAGACGCCGGAGUUCGAGCAGUUUCACUAUGAGUAUUACUGCCCACUCCGGCGCUGGAUCCUGUGUAGGAUCAGCAUGGCCAUGGAGAACCUCUGGUCAGACUGAGGAGGAAAAGACGGAAGGGGGAAAAGAGAGUAAGGAGUUACUGCAAGGGAAAAGAUGUGCCCAAAUGUCUGUCUUAACAUGUCUUUCAAUCUUAUAUUCAGUCUCAACAACCGCUGAGACAAACAUCUGCCAAUGGGAUGAAAUCAUUUCACUUAUUUAAGAGCAAGCUCAGUUUAUUUUAUGAGCAGGUGGAAUGGAUUAUUUAUGAGAGCUCACAAACUUACACAACAGUUGUUAAAAAGAGGCCUGAGAUGGAUAAACUAAGAACGGUGGUCCUGAUGCCUCAUUUCUACACAGUUCUGUGUACGUACGUAUGCAAAUCAACCGAAGUCCAUUCAUUCCUUUGAAAACCUUCUUGAUCUCCAGUGUGUUUGCAAAACUCCUCCUGUUUUUUUCUGGUCCAAGAUUUGCCUCAAGUACCUGGAAUAAUUUGAACUUUUCGGGCAGAUUUCGGACAGACCUUCUGCACUGUGCCACAGGAAGUUGGCAAAAAAUGAAUUAGUUCACCCAAAUGGUUAGCUCGUUAACAUUGGUAGCAUGCUAGCUGUAUUACAUAUAGAGCGCAUGCAUAGUGGAUCAUGUGACCACCCACCUGAGAGGCCAACUUUCUCACUUAUUUAUCCCCAUCGUCUUAUUGGUCCUGUUUUGUGUCUUUACUGCUCCAUGUGCAUAUUCUCCUAAGAUUGGACAGUGAAAAACAGUCAUAAUUAACAUUUCUGCCAAUUAACAUUUCUGUGGUGGCGUAUUUAUCCAUCCAAAAUUAGAUGCAUUUCCUUUCGUUGAACACUAGACGCGUACUCUGCAUAAUAUACGGACACAGAACAAAACUGUGGAAACGAGGCCUGAGAGUUAACACACUUCAAAUUAAGAAAACACGUGCAAAAAGACACAACACAAGCAAAUGGAUAUCUUCACUGACUUAACACACAAAGAUGUCAAUUUAAUGACACAUGCAUGGCAUUUAGAAAAUGAUUUACAAGAACCUCACAACACAGCGGAAACUGUUUCCAGUGGACACUAAAAAGUGAUGCACACGGCUGGGACACGCUUGUUGUUGCCAUGGUUAUUGGCUUAUGAGGUUAUUGAAGUUGGUAAUCUGUCACUGUGAUUGCAUGACGGAUUGCAUUUUACUGAAAUUGUGCUCAUGUGAUUUCAUGUGAUGGAUUGAAUGAUACAGAUAUUAUAACCAUAAGCAAAAGGCUAAAGUGAGGUUAACAGCAGAUAUCUGCAGUAAUGCCUGAAUUAUCACAAUGUUAAAAUAACUUCAUAAAUGGCAACAACAAGCAGUAUGUGUCUCAGUCAUGUGCAUCAUGUUAGUGUCCCCUGGAAACAAUUUUCCUUGUGUCGUGAGCUUCUUGUAGAGUGUUUUGUAAAUGCUGUGCAUGUCUUGUAAAGUUGGUGAAGGUGUUUGUUCACUUACUUGUAGCCUCAUGAAGCAUUUUCUUUAUUUUCUGAGCCCACUAGAUGGCACUCUUGGUUUAAAGAGAGAGGCUCAAAGAAUAGCAGUUGAGUCUGCUUUCAACCAUUUGUUGAAUAAUAAGCGCCAUCUAGUGGGCUCAAAAAAUAAAGAAAAUGCUUCAUGAGGCUUCAUUUGGCCAUCACUGCUUACUUGUGUGUUUUUCAGUACGUAGAGCUCUUAGGGCCACUGCAUGUCAGGCCUCUCGUUACAACACUGAAACAAGUAGAUUUGUUUCACCUCUUUGGCAGCAUAUUUUAGUGUCUUGAAGAAAAGAGAGAGAUAUCAGAUAAAUAAGAUUUUCAUCAUAGAUUCCAGUCACUUGUUAAGAUAGACACUUCUGGCAGCGAUGAAUUGACAACAAGAAAUACUAUAAGUGUUCGAGGAAGAACCUGUGGGAAGGGAGAGAUUCAUGGAAGCAAAAAAUUGAGGGAAGUCAUGGACGGAGGAAAAGUCACAUAAAGAUCCAGAAAAGAAAAAAGUGAUUGGUUUCGUUUGAAAGCAGUUUUUAAAGGUCUGUUCACUCCUGAUGCUGACUCGCUGAUGCAAUGACUCUUCGGUAUAUAUCGCAAACCAUUCUGAUUGGUUCUCGCCCUCAGAGCGGAGCACCUGAUUGGUCACAGAACCUGUCAGUCAUGACGGAGUGGGCGGGGACGGAAAGAGAAACUAUUGAUUUGUCGCUGAAUGCAACAAUAGCCACAGUCAGAGGUACAUUAUAUAUAUUUCAAACAAAAGAGAAAUAUUCAUAAUUAAUACCAAUCUUAAAUAAGUUGUUUUUAACGUUUUGUACAUUUUUAUGUGAUCCAGAUCUUUCAGGAAUUUUUCAGUCAGAGGAUCUACUUUGAUCUUAUUUUGAAAUUAAGAGUUUACAAAAGACGACAAAAAAAGCAAAUUUAUUGAAGUUUAUCGGGGUGAUGGGUGUUGAGAAAUUUAAACUAUUUUUUGAGACUACCGUCAGCGUUUGCUGACUCGGUAGCACCCUGGGUUUUUUCCUACAGAGGCUAUAGCACAAAUCUUUUACGUAGAACACAGAUUACAACUGUUUCAGAUUACGUGAUGUCAUUUUGGAAACAGGAGGGCAGCAGAGGAGAGAAAAUAUAGUCUGUUUGUGAUGAUGUGUUUUGUUGAACUUCUAAAUGUCUUCUGAACUUAAUGUUAGCUCAGUAAUUACGGCUACUAGUGCAUCUUUCAGUGUGUUUAAAGAGAGUUUGAUCAUAAAACAUAUAAGGAAAUGCUAAAGGAAAGAGAAGAUUACUUGAAGGCUUAUUGUGAAACGUUCCUGUGUUGUUAGGGUGGGUAAAACUGUGAUUUUGGGAUAUGUGUUAGUUGAUGGUUUGCUAGUUUUGGGAGAGCUCUAUCUAUGUUUAUUCCAGAGGGACUUAAAGAGAUAGGAUGAUACAUGAUGAUAGGAAAGGUGUGUAUACUCCAACUACACUACUGCUAUGUGACACAUGAUGGGACAAGUGAUGCGUUUAAUUGUCUAAAUCUCUCAUACAGGUCUUUCUCUGGUCGUUAUCUGGUGUAGAAGAUCUGACUGAACAAACAUGGUAGAAGGAGUACAGUUGCAGGUAUUUAACUUAAGCAUUUUAGUCACUAAAUCAAAUUAGAAAUGAUUUGUAGCCAUUUCUAAAAAGAACUGUGAUCACGUUGAGCAUCCUGUGAUUAUCAUUUAAACGACUGCAACUGUUCCUACAUGACAGAACUUUCCCAUUUUAAUGUCUGUGACCAACAAGUUAUCAGGAGUUAUAGAUGGGGAAGAUGGUUAAAAGUAAAGGUUAAGAAAUGUGAUUUUUGGUUUGAGUAGAUUUAAAGCUGUGUUUAUGGACAUUUAUGCUGAUAUGGUUGUGGUUCCCAAAAACUCGAGCCAUGGUGUCAAAGAUUUUAAAAAACUAAGAGGGGAUGAAAGAAACUGAUUAAAAAAUUGCUAUGUGGUACAGAAAAGUAGGACAAGGAGUGAAAUGUAGAUUUCGACUUUACGUUAGGAGGAAAAGGGACAGUUCACCCAAAAAUCAAAAAUACAUAUACAUUUUCACCACUUUUAGCUGUGGUGUUAUGGGUCCAUGUCAUUGGUUCGACAGCCUAUUGGUUCGACAUCCCAUUAGUCCGACUGUCUGCGGUG